AUGGCGCUCUUCCAAGCACCUCUCGAGCAACCAGGCUACUCGUUCUCCCAACCAACCUCAUCCCGCUCAGAACCAAGACAACAUGCCUUCUACCCGUGCGUACACUGCCUCGCAUCUCCCGCGUGCACGUUUCCACUGAUCAUAUAAUGUAGCUACACCGACAACGGCGGCUCUACCCUCGGAAUCAGCGGUGACGACUUCACAAUCCUCGCAGGCGACACCCGCAGCACUUCCGGCUACAACAUCAACACCCGCUACGCCCCAAAACUGUUCAAAAUCGGCGGCGACGGGCCCGAGCACAUCGGCAGCAAAAUCGUCCUGUCCGUCGUAGGUUUCGCAGCAGAUGGGCGCGCUCUGCAGGAACGCCUCGACACCAUGGUCAAGAUGUACCGAUAUCAGCAUGGGAAGGAUAUCAGCGUGGGGGCCUGCGCACAGCGUCUCUCGCACAUUCUGUACGGGAAGAGGUUCUUUCCGUACUACGUGCAUGCGAUCUUGGGGGGCAUUGACGAGGCGGGCAAGGGAGCGCUGUACAGUUACGACCCGGUGGGGUCGUAUGAGCGGGAACAGUGCCGUGCAGCGGGCGCCGCGUCGAGUCUGAUCAUGCCGUUCCUCGACAACCAAGUCAAUCUCAAGAACCAGUGUGAUCCGGCGCAGCCACAGGGAUUCGAGAAGACGCAGCUCACGCCCGAGCCGCUCAGCCGGCCGCAUGUGGAGAGCCUGGUCAAAGAUGCGUUCACGAGUGCGGUGGAGAGACACAUUGAGGUCGGUGAUGGGCUGCAGAUGAUGAUCAUCACCAAGGAUGGUAUCGAGGAGAGUUAUGCGCCGCUGAAGAUGGAUUAG